AUGAGUAGCCCGCGCAGACGCAUCGAGACAGACGUGACUAACCCUAGCAGGCUCAUGUCCGACUACGAGGUCACUCUGGUCAACGACAAUAAAUUCUACGUCCGUUUCAAGGGCCCCGCGGAAACUCCUUUCGAAAACGGUAUUUGGAAGGUCCACGUCGAGCUACCCGAUCAGUAUCCUUACAAGUCCCCGAGCAUCGGUUUCGUGAACCGUAUCUUUCACCCCAACAUCGACGAGCUGUCGGGCUCCGUGUGUUUAGACGUCAUCAACCAGACAUGGUCGCCUAUGUUUGAUAUGAUCAACAUAUUCGAGGUUUUCCUCCCGCAACUCCUGCGAUAUCCUAACCCCGCCGACCCCCUCAACGGUGAAGCAGCCGCAUUGCUUAUGCGCGAGCCCAAAAGCUACGACGCCAAAGUAAAGGAGUAUGUCCAAAAGUACGCGAGUAAGGAUGCAGCAGACGAUGGCGGAGCCGAGAGCGAGGAUGACGACGACAUGUCUUCGGUUGCUAGCUUCGGAGAAGACGAACCCGCCGGCCAGAUGGAUGACGUAUAA